GGGGGGAAGGGAGGGCAUUCGGGUGAGAGAGCCCAGUGGAUAUGCAGUGAGCUAACCCGCCAUCCACACGGGCAAUACAACGAUAACCCCCCCGCGUUAAUUGGCUAUGCGCGUGUGCCAAUCCCAAAGUUGGUGUGUGCGAUGCACCGUGUUAGUCUCAGCAGGCGGAGGCCAAUGGCAGCAGUGUUUUGCCUAAGCUGGCCUCGCAUUGGCAGAUGUGAGCACAGAUUGGCUCGUGAUGAGGAAGAGUCUCGCAAUAUAUCUGUUAAAAUCCGGUUGCAUCGAUUGGUAUUGGAAACAGAGGAUCGGCUCGAGGUGGGAUGUGACUGGACGGGCAAAUCCUCCAAGACGCGCGCGUUCCUGGGAUGCAAGCACUCUAUAAUACUAGUCGCGCCCAGAUGCAACCGUAGCUCAAUUAUCCAUACAGGAGAGCCCGGAGACGCUGAUGCCACGAUGAUCGCUGAUGUCACGGCCGUGGUCAAAUCAUGACGCGGCCCUCUGUUUGGGAAGAUGCACUUUGCGGCUGCUCUCGCCGUCGUCACAGGAAUUGGGGAACGGGGUUGGUUGGAUUCUCCCCGCCGAGUGUGCCCGCGACAACAGCGCGCCGCUGUUGUG